CUCCUCUCUCUCUUUCCUUCCCUUUCUCUCUCUCUUUCUCUCUGUUUGUUUUUACGCUUCCAAGACCAGCACUUCCCCUCCGCACAGCCCCUCUCCCUCUCCCCCUCUCCCUCUCAGUGCAGUUACAUGUUCAAACGCCGCAAUGCCCGGGAUGAUGGACAGAGGGUCGGAACAUGUGGGGAAAGGUCGGUCCAACGGGACCAGGAGUCCCGCAGGAGCUUCAUCUAAUGGGCAUUACUCCGAGGACAGUGGCAGCGACGACGAGCGCUGUGAUGUCGGAAUGCGAGUGGGUUCGGAUUUUCAAGCGUCAGUUCCAGAAUUUGAUGCAGGUGCCACAAAACACAGUGACAAAGAAACCGGUGGUAUGCUGGUCUGGUCGCCGUUUCACAUAAUACCAGAUAUGAAGUUAGAUGAAUAUGUUGCAGUGGCCAAGGAAAAACAUGGCUACAAUGUGGAACAGGCUCUGGGAAUGUUAUUUUGGCAUAAGCAUAACAUUGAGAAGUCACUGGCCGACUUGCCUAACUUUACUCCUUUUCCUGAUGAAUGGACUGUGGAAGAUAAGGUGCUCUUUGAACAGGCCUUCAGCUUUCAUGGCAAGAGCUUUCACAGGAUUCAGCAAAUGCUACCAGAUAAGUCUAUCGCAAGUCUUGUGAAGUACUACUAUUCUUGGAAAAAAACACGGUCACGAACCAGUUUAAUGGAUCGGCAAGCACGAAAAUUAACAAAUAGAAACAAUCAAAAUGAAAGUGAUAACGAGAUGGAGGAAGGAACUGUGCACAACAUUCAUGAUCGUGAUUACGAUCCCACUAAAGAAGCUAAGAAAGAGGGUAAUCCUGAUCCACCUGUACAGAUCAGCAGAGUUGGUUCAGUCAGACGGGAGCAUCCAAGCUUGCAACAUCGCCACCAUCCUCUUCGGUCCAAGUGUCGGCCACCAAAGGGAAUGUACCUCAGCCAGGAAGAUGUGGGAGCCGUGUCCUGCAGCCCAAAUGCAGCAAGUACCAUUCUUAGACAGCUUGAUAUGGAACUUAUCUCAUUGAAACGCCAGGUACAAAAUGCCAAGCAAGUUAACAGUGCUCUGAAACAGAAACUAGAAGGAGGCAUAGAAGAAUUCAGACCACCUGAGUCUGCUCAGAAAAUCAAUGCACGUUGGACAACCGAGGAGCAGUUACUUGCAGUGCAAGGUGUUCGCAAAUAUGGGAAGGAUUUCCAAGCCAUCGCAGAUGUGAUUGGGAACAAAACUAUCGUCCAAGUGAAGAACUUCUUUGUUAACUACAGACGUCGUUUCAACCUUGAGGAGGUGCUACAGGAAUGGGAGGCAGAGCAAGGGACGCAAGAAUCAAAUGGAGUUUCCCCCACUUCAGGGAAGGAAGCAAAGCCAGCUUCAAAUCCUCCAUCAACCAAAAGUGUGGAUGAAGAGGAGCAGGUCCAGCCUCCACCAGCCGCUGCUCCUCCAACAGCAACUACUCCACUUACUGUCGCCGUUGCGUGUAUCGCCACCUUAAAUCAGCCUCCCCCACUGCUUCGACCAUCACUGCCUACAGCCCCCGCUCUGCAUCGACAACCACCUCCUCUCCAGCAGCAGACUCAUUUCCUACAGCCCAGGCCUACUCUUAACCAGCCUCCACCCCCACUUAUCCGUCCAAAUAACCCAAUCCCACCUCGCUUGAACUCUAGGCCGGCAUUGCAACAGCCUCCAUCACUGAUUGGGGUGCAGCCCGAGUCACAGUCUUCCUCUUUACACUGACUUGCUUUUUUAUUUAAGAAAGAUGGAAGGAAAACAUUUUUUUGAAUAUGAAUCCAAACUUUUGUGUGUUGGUUUAAUUACGAGGCUUGGCGUUAAUAUUAAAAUUUAGACUGUACAUUUUUUUAUUUUACAUUUUAUUUUUUAAAUACCAAA